AACUCGGACCGUAGGAAGCAACCACGCGCACCGCAGCGCUUUCGCUACCGGAAACCGAGAAGAUGACGUCGAUGGAAAUGACGUCGGUGUUUACUGCACUCAGUUGUGUCCGGUCGCGAGCUUAACGCGAGCAACGAAAGCGCAUCCGAUAAAGAACCCCUCGUUUCACACGGUUAUCCGCGCGUGUCGUCGUAUUGCAAUGGGGGGUCACGGGAGCGAGCCCGAGUCGAUCGACUACUCGGUGCACGAGGCGUGGAACGAGGCGACCAACGUGUACCUGCUCGUGAUCCUGGUCAGCUUCGCCCUGCUGAUAAACAAGAGGAAGAUCAUGCGUAUCUUCACUCUGCCUCCCACCGUUGGCAGCAGCCCGGAGCCCAACUUCUACGACAGCCUGCAGAAGGUCCGCCUGAGGCAGCAGCUGGAGAUGUACUCUCUGGCCAGGAAAUUUGACCAGCAGCAGGGACAGACGGACAGUGUGCAGCUCUCCAUGGAAUGAGAGCAGGAUGGAGCUCAUCCCUCUCCGUCAGAGCAAACACUCCUGCGUCUUUGAGGCCUCUGUGCGUGAAAAAUGGAAGGAUUUGGAUGACUGUCACGAUCAGAGAUGGAGCAAAAAGACGCUACGCUGAGAAGCGUAUUCGUUCACCCUCUGUUGUCUCUUGUUCGUCUAUCACCUGUGGAGUAAAUACAGCUGGAUGGAUGGAGAAGCAGCACAGGAAGGUUCUAGCAUCGAGCAGAGACUCUAACAUGGAUCGAGAAGUGAUGAACCUGUAACUGCAGCAGAUGUCACUGAGAUACUCACUGAGAUUUAAAAAAAAAAAAAAAGAAAAAAGAUCCAUCAUGAAGAUUUUUUUGCACAUAGAACAAGAUCCUUCAGAUUUAACGUAGGCUCCAGUUUGUUUCCAUUUGUCUGUUAAAUGUUUUAUGUUAUUUGUGUAGUGAAAUCAAGAUUCUCAAAUGUGAAAAUAAAGAUACAUUAACCAU